AUGCCUACUAAAGCAGUAAAGUACCUAGGUGUUUGGCUAGAUACGAAACUUAGCUUCAAACAACACAUUGAGAAGACAAUAGAAAAAGCAGAGAAAACUCUUUCAGCUUUGGCGAACAUAAUGCCAAACAUCGGGGGUCCCAGAGCGUCUAAGAGGAAAAUCCUUUCGAGUGUGGUUCACAGCCAGAUCCUGUAUGGUGCACCAGUAUGGCACACCGUCUCCGAAAGAAAAACUUUCAUCGCAAAGCUGACCCGGCUGCAGAGAAAGAUGGCUAUUCGCAUAUGCAGUGCCUACCGGACUGUUUCUGCCGAAGGAGUAGGGGUAAUAGCAGGACUGCCUCCAAUAGAGCUACAAGCGAAAGAGAGAAAAGAGAGGUACGACGGAGUUUCGAAGCUUGACGCAAGAGGUGGCAAGCGAAAUGGGACAGCGGAACGUACGGCCGAUGGACCCACCGACUUAUUCCUGUAA